GGCACCAUGGAGGGCUAGAAGCUCUGCAGCAGGCUCUCAGGGAGCCUGGGGGCACUGUGGUUCAUUCCGAAAGCUUGGGAGGUACUAUGGAUGGCACUAUGGAUGGCUGGAGGCUCUGCAGCAGGCUAUAGGGAUUUCAGGGGGCUCUGGUUCAAUAUAGAAGGUUGGGAGGCACUAUGGAUGGCUGGAGGCUCUGCAGCAGGCUAUAGGGUUUUCAGGGGGCCUGGGGGCUCUGUAGAAGGUUGGGGGGCACUAUGGAGGGCAGAGGCUCUGCAGCAGACUGGGGGGCUCUGUGGAGCUGGAGGGCUCUCAGGAAGCCUAGAUGUUUUGGGGACACUG